AUCCGAGACCCCGUUUUGAGACGCUUCCCCGCUCUUGAAAAGACGAGCGACGGGGUUGAUGGGGCGCGCAGCCGCAGGACCAGAAUUAGUGUUUGUAGAAUAUUUACUCCAUAAUUGCAUCGCAGGAUCCGCUGAUGGCGUUUUUAGGUCCGUGUUCAGGCCUUGCAAGCUAAAAGUGCCCGGUUUUCUCGGUGCCGGUGAGUCCUGAUGAGCAACAUUCCCUGGGGGUGAUUCGAUAUUUCUCUUCCUUUUUUGCCCUUUCCCCUUGACCUUCGGCGUUACUUGCGAGCCAUUCGGUGACAACUGCCACAUGAUCCUAUCCUCCGGGGAAACAUCUGGUUGCGCUACAGGCUGUGGGAGUUUUCCCUCCUCGCCAAUUCCGAUGAGAUCCGACAAGGCAAGUCGUGGGGCGGGAGUCUGUGGGCACUCUUUGGUCGGAUCCGACAUCGGCUC